AGAGGGAAGUCUGGGUUUCCCUGCUGAGACUGCUGCCCCCGCGACCUGACCUCGGAUUAAGCGGGAGAUGAUGGAUGGAUGGAUGUAUACAUUUCCAUGACCACCACAGGAUAAUGUGAUUUUUGUUUUAACUAAUUAAUAGUGGAAUCAUAUGCAUGUUAAAACUCAGGACAGAGUUUAAUUAAGUGAAGUUUUUAGGCAAAUAAAUUUUUUUUAUUUUAAUUUGCAAACAUGAAUUCUGCACACAACUGUUACUGGAGAUGAAAUGUUUUAAAACUUAAAUUCUAUUUCGGUUAGAGUUUUUGUUCAGUUUUUUUGUUCAGAAACAAUAACAAGAUAAAAUAAAUGUUCUCCUUUCAUUACACUUAUAGUAACGCAAGCUUCCGCCAACAUGCUGUAGAGAAAUCGUUUGCUAUACAGAAUACACAGUCAGCUGUUUCUAAUUUCUUUCGACUCCGUACAGAUAUUCAAAUAUUUAACCUUUUUUUCCAAGGAAGCAUGAAGCGAAGGAGAGGUGAUCCUUCACCCCUGGACAUGACUAAAAUAUUACUUUCCCCACUAUAUAAGCUACCUGGAUAUUCUUUGCAUCUCUGAAAGGACUCUGCCAGAGACCUGUGUCUACUAAGUCCCGGGGUUCUGGGUCUGUCUGACGGGUUUCCCUCUCUUCCUUUGUUUUACAGCUCGGGAGUUCCCUUUUUCGUGGUUUUUCAUGUGUUUGUAUAAAUUGGUGAUGUUGCCACAGUAGCGGAUAGCCCUCCUACACCAUCAAACAGGCUUGACAAGUAUAACUUGACCUAAAAUGGACUCCGUAGUAGGUUUAUGAACGGUUAAACAAUACAACACGAAAUGUCCCCUUACGACCAAAGUACACACUGCAGCUUCUGAACACAGGCUUUUUUUUCCCUUCUAUUCCUUUAUUUUUAGGGCGGUAUCCAUCUUCCUUAUCUCCCUCAAGUACCUUUGCAAUACUUGGCUCGGCUUUAGGUACAAUCGAACUGUCAUUGGGCACCACGGUUUUUCUUUUCCCUUCUAUUCCUUUAUUUUUAGAGCGGUAUCCAUCUUCCUUAUCUCCCUCAAGUACCUUUGCAAUACUUGGCUAGGCUUUGGGUAGGCUACAGUCGAUCUCAGAUUCGUCUGAGCGGAGAAAGCAGAAGAGCAGGACAUAAAGAGAAAUAACACAAAGGCAUAAACAUGUUGCACAGCCUCGCCGGAUGGAUCGGCGCUGUUAUUUAUUACCUGUUUGCAUUACUUGUGAUCGCAUUUGCAUGUUACUGUUUGUACAUAAAGUACAUUCAUAUGAAGUAUGAUCAUAUACCCGGACCACCACGAGACAGCUUUUUCUUAGGACAAUCCCCUUCAAUACUAAGACGAUUCAAGGCAAACCAGUCGGUGCAUGAUUUAUUCCUGGAAUGGUCUCUCAAGUAUGGCCCUGUCUGCCGAAUCAACACGCUGCAUUACGUAGUCAUAGCCGUUGCAAGCCCAGAAGCCACAAAGGAAUUCUUGAUGUCACCAAAAUACCCCAAGGAUGAUUUGGUCUACAAAAAGCUCUUCAACUUGUUUGGGACAAGAUUUCUGGGAAAUGGCCUGAUUACGGACACAGACCAUGAUCACUGGUACAAACAGCGCCGGAUUAUGGACCCCGCUUUUAGCAAUACGUACCUGAGGGGGUUAAUGGAUACCUUUGAUGAGCGUGCGGAGUUUCUGGUAGAGAAGCUGGAAGAAGCUGCGAAGAACAACACAUCUGUGUACAUGCACAGCCUGGUCAACUGUGUUACCCUUAGUGUCAUUGCCAAGGUCGCCUUUGGUAUCGACGUGAAUUUGCUAGAAACCGAGUCUCCAUUUCCCAAGGCCAUAGAAAAAUGCUUGAAGGGUAUGGUGUACUAUCUCAGAGAUCCAAUGAUACAGCUGAAGCCGUGGAUGUGGAGUUUUAUUAAAGAGGUGAAGGAGUCCGUACAAUUUCUACGUAGGACUGGGGAAGAGUGUAUCAGCGAGAGGAAGAAUGCCAUGAAGAAUGGGGAGGAGGUGCCAAAGGACAUCCUUACACAGAUACUGAAAUCUGCCGAACUAGAGGAGCAUGAUGAUCAUGAGCAAAUGCUGGACAACUUCCUUACUUUCUUUAUAGCCGGCCAAGAAACCACAGCUAAUCAGUUGUCCUUUGCUAUAAUGGAACUAGGAAGGCAGCCUGAAAUACUAAAGAAACUCAGGCAGGAGGUGGAUGAUGUCCUGGGUCUAAGGCAAGACAUUCAGUAUGAAGACCUGGGGAAGUUGACCUACAUGUCCCAGGUCCUAAAGGAAACACUCAGAUUGUACCCCACAGCUCCUGGAACAUCACGGUGGAUUGCUGAAGACAUGAUCAUAGAAGGAAUUCACAUUCCCGGAGGGGUUUCAGUUGUGGUGAGCUCAUAUGUGGCAGGGAGGACAGAAGCUUUCUUCCCGGAUCCACUGAAGUUUGAUCCUGAAAGAUUUCACCCUGACGCCCCAAAGCCCUACUACACCUACUUUCCCUUUGUCCUGGGACCUCGGUCCUGCCUCGGGAAAACCUUCUCACAGAUGGAGGCAAAGGUUGUGCUGGCCAAACUGGUGCAGAGAUUUCAUUUCCACCUGGUCCCCGGCCAGUCCUUUGAGAUCAUGGAUAUGGGAACUCUGAGACCCCUCAGUGGAGUUCUCUGCAAUAUAAAAUCACGAAGUCAGGCUUCUUAAGCCUGGGCCACCUAGUGCAACAGAUCAUCACCUUACAGUCAGGAUCUUAAUUGCUAGAGGCAGGCUGUAUUCUUCAUAGGAGCAUGUAAGGUUUUACCUUAAAACAUCAACCACUCGAUAUACUCGUACUACUAAAUACCCACAAAUAAAUACAUUUAGGUUUAAAUUUCCUGCAUGGCUGGUACUCUGGCUUAUUGGUUAGGAUUUUUGCUGCUGGCCUUCACGGUCUGUGUGCGUACUUCACGUGUUUUCCUUGUAACAUAUGUGUGUGCCCUGUAGUGGACUGGCAUGCCAUCCAGACUGUUCCCCUGCCUCAUUCCCUGGGUUGUCUGGAACAGACGUCAGGCCUCCUCUCCUGUAACCCUGACAAAUGGUCGGAAGAAUUCCAGACAUUUUGUUGUUUUAAUGAAUGAUGUAAUUGAAUAUGCAAUGGGGUUCAUAUGCCGUGGUAUAUACAACAAUAAUGAAAUAAAUCAAAUCAUAAAUGAACUAUUUUAAAUCUUAAAUAGCAGCAAAAUAAUUAGUUGUGAUGAGUACCUUGUCCAAUAAGUUUGUUUAUAUUCAUUCUGAAAUUUACCUCCACUAUUUUUGCGUGAGCUCUGCCCGUGGGCCAAUCAUUUUCAUUAUUGCUCACUCAAACACUGGCGUGUUUAUGAUUAACUUGAAUCUUCGCAGAUUCAAGUUAAUCAAGCGACUUCUUGAUGUUUUACGUUAUCCUUUUGCAGCAAAGAGUAAUACCUGAUUUUGUAUUGAAUUAAAUAUUUUGACGCAUUAACGUUUCUCUGUGUCUGUGGUGGGUAUGGGGCGGGAAUGAUUAAUCUAAUAUUAUUCGAAUAAUGAUUAGCGAAAUUUGACUAAAGUAAUUCUGGCCGAAAUGUCUAUCCCUGGUAUAAACCACGGAAGAAUGACAAUGUGCAAUUUUGAUGUUAUAGCGGUCCCUAGUGUAAAAUUUAAAAUAUUUGUAUACGUUAAAAAGUUCUAUUACGCUUACCCUCACCAUGUUUCACGACUUUGAGACGAAAGGAAAGUCCUCUAAUAAUGAUCUUGUUUUUGUUGCUUCGAUGAUUGCUAAUCAUAUUUUACAGUGAAAUAAAUGAGUAUAUGAAA